AUGAAGUUUACAUCUAUUCUUAUUGCCACUGUUGCUGGUGCUAUGGUAGCCUCAGCAGCUCCUAGCAGCCGAGAAUGCGUCAUCAAGCAUAAUGGCAACGACGAUACACAAAACAUUAUGGAUGCCUUUGAGCAAUGCAAGGAUGGCGGUCGGGUCAUAUUUUCCAAAGGCAAGAAUUAUACACUGGGUCCAGUCAUCACAACUCCAAAAUUGGCCAACGUUGAAAUCGUAUUCCAGGGCGACCUUGUUUAUCCUUUCAACAUGUCGUACAAUGACACCACUCCUCCUGUGCCUGGUGCUGUGCAAGAUGUAAGCAGCUUUUUUACGGUGCAAGGAAAGGAUAUCAAGGUGACAGGUGAAGGUGGUUCGAUUUAUGGUACCGGUGAAGAAUGGUGGUACUUGGAUCCUCUUCCAAGCAAUCGCCCUGUGAUGAUGACGUUCAUGGUGGAAAACCUUGACGUGCGCGGCAUGCGUUUGAUCAACUCACCUAAUUGGAACUUUUACGUCCAUCGUUCCAAGAAUGUACAAUUUGAUGACAUUUUCAUUAAUGACGUGGAUACCGUACAUGGCGAGUCUGUGCCUCACAACAGCGAUGGUUGGGAUACCAGUGAGACUGAUGGCAUUACUAUCACCAAUUCUUAUAUCAACAAUGGCGAUGAUUGCGUCGCUAUCAAGACCAAUACAAGCAACAUCCAUCUCGAAAAUCUUUAUUGUAAUGGUUCCCAUGGCAUCUCUGUGGGUUCACUCGGCAACAUCCCUGAGAUGCCUGAUUAUGUCAGCAACAUGUAUGUCAAAAAUGUCACCUGUGACAACUGCCAAAACGGUGCUCGUAUUAAAACGUGGGCAUUGGGAGCUCUGGGGGAAGUCCGCAACGUUUCCUACAUUGACUUUAGGGUUACCAACUCGGAUCAUCCCGUUACUAUUGACCAAUGCUACUUUAACAUCGAAGAAGAGGAAUGCAAGGCCAACCCCUCCAAGAUCCAAAUGAAGGAUGUCACUUUCAAGAACAUCACAGGUAGCGGCAACAAGAAAGCAGGCUCAGACGUUGUCACCAUCAUUUGCUCGGCAGAAGCACCAUGCGAAAACUUUACGUUUGAGGAUAUUGAUAUUGAUACCUAUGAUCCAAGUAGCGUCGAACCCAUAUACGUUUGCGAGAACCUCGAAAAUAGCGAAUCUUCAGGCCUUGAUUGUUCUUCCCCAAGCGAUGAUUAG